AUGCCCUCACAACAAUUUCCUUAUUUAUCAGCCAGCCGAGUAACUGGGUCACAAGGCUAUCCACUCUCAGAGGAUAGAUUGCUUCAAGCCAGAGCACCGCUGGCCUCUUCAGCCGCUGGACCUAUUUGGCUAAGAGAUUCGAGUCGGAUGCCUACGAGACAGCUUGCAGCCUCACUGGCUAAUCUUUCCGCCGAAGCAGAGAUGGUGUCUAACAGUGCCACAAACAUGGCAACUGAAUGGCAUAAAUUUAAGGCUGACAUUGCAGCCUCCGCCGCCGCCUCAACACUAAACUUGACUGGCCCUGUUCGGGGCUGGCCGCGCCAUUUAGAUCUGGCCAGGAACCGGUUGCACAGCGACAGUGUUAACAGUUUAACAGUCGGUUCGCUUACCGGACUUAGUCUAUUUAACCAACCGCUGAUUGGUGGGCGGACGCCAUUGCCCUCUGGGCUUGGCUACACAUCAGCAUAUGAAACUGAUCGAGAACUUGAUGACUUGGAGGGUAGAGGCCUACUACCUUCCAAGCACAGGCAGAAUCCGUUUGGCCACUCUACUCUAAUUGGCUCUCAGCCGACAGCCAGUUUAGGAAGCAUGGUUUUUUCGAGCCGCGAGUCAGAAAGGAACGGGAUAUACGGCGAGGAGUACGACGAUAACAAAGACUACGAUGGCGAAGAUCAAGGGCCGGCAGGUCGUGCUCAAACCCUAUUUGCGGAUAUCGGCUCCAAUUUUAACAAAAACAAUAUAGUGAACAUCAAGAUGAUCCGGGAGCCCAAAUAUGGCUUCGGGAUCAUCCUAGUAGACGGAGAGGUGAGUGGUCAGAAUUGA